CUCGUCGCGUCACCGUCAAAGCGCAGCCGUUGGCCGUCGCCUCUCCCACUUCCUGAGAUGGUCCAAUAUUACGUGCACAUGCCCUCCUCGUCCGCCUGUGUCCCUCCCUCGCUCCUCUAAUCUAAUCUAGCGGGCACACCCACACCCACACCCACGCCCAUACCCACACCUAAUCAUUGCGCCGUAGUCCCUCCACUCCUGCUGCGCCCGAGUUGCAUCACCGACUGCGACACUCCCCUAUUAUUGCCCAGCGCUGCUCACCCGGCCAAAAAGAAAAGGAUCCGCGAAACACGAGACGAGACGAGCCGGCGAGACACGGUCCAGACGGCCGAGAUUCGAUCCCACAUUUUGACUUGCCGUUCCGACAUCUGUCGACCUGUCGACCUGUCGAACCAUCCAAAUCAGGCACAACCCCAACACAACACAAGCCAAAACAACACAACAAGACAAGACAACAUCGCACAAAACCCACAUUCCUCCCUGCCCCCCUCCCCCUCUUGUGCAGCCAGCCCCAGCUGUGCAACCCUCCGAUGGGAUCUCCUCUCUCGCCAAUGCACCACGCGGCACCAAAUGGUACUGCCACGUACGCCGACGACAUGGAAGACCAAUUCGAAGACGCCCUCGAGUCCCAUACCCACUCCUCCUCCCCCCUCCAGCAGCGCCGCUCCACCGGCAGCGACAGCCUGGAUGGCGCCAGCUCACCCUUUGUCGCCGGCGCCGACGACCACGCCAGCCAGUCCUCCAGCCAGUCCUCCAACCAGGAGAACGUCUCGCCCUCAAAGGACAAGCGCCGCUCCAGGAUCAUGUCCGGCUCCGAGAUCUCGCCCCUCAAGAUGCUGCAGCGCUCCAGCACCGACGGCCCAAUACCAGAGGCCGACGAGAAGCUGGCCCCGCCCGCCCCAAAGAGCCCGCGAAAGUCCGUCUCUCCCAUGCGCCGCUUCCCCGUCAAGAUCAACAACUCCAUCGACUCCACAACAACGAGGUCCCGGCCGCAGUCCAUGCAUGCUGCUCCCCGGGAGCGCCACAUGAGCUACUCCGAAGACCCAUCCUCCUCCUCCCCGCCUGCAGCGACAACAUCAUCGACCACCACAUCAACAACAAAUGGCACCACACAAGAGAGGGAGAUGACCCUCGAGGAGGCGAUCGCACAGAACCCGGGCGUAAAACAUGCAAUCGAGAUAUUCGAGGACUCUAUCAGUAGCAUAGAUGACGAUGACGACGACGACAGCGGCCCCGACGGCGAGGGCCCCACCGUCAAGGGCCCUAUGGAUGCCCCGACACCGCCCAGCGACACCCACGACGAGACUGCAGGCGACGAGACCAUGAUGAGCACCUUCAGCAACUUCUCUGCCAUUCCCAACAUGACCACCUUUGCCCGCCUGGGCGGACGCACGCCAACGCAGAUGGCACGCGAAGACCCACGCCGCGAGUCCAACUCCACUAACCUGCUUGACUUUACCGACAACCUGCGUUUCCCUGGCGGAGGCCGUACCUCCCCCACAAAAAAUCUGUCCAUGGCCGACGCCAAAAAGACACCCCAGCGCCAAAACAUCGCGAACCUCCUCGACUUCGACAUCCCUCCAAUGCCCACCCCACGCAGCCUCCCGAGCAUCACCGCCCGUGAGCUUGAGAGCCUAAAGUCCAAUUUCAUGUCAGAGAUCAGCGGCCUGAGGGCCACCCUCAGCGGUAAAGAUGCCGAGGUCAUCUCGUUGAAGACAGCCCUUGGUUCGGCCGAGAAGCGCGCCGGCGAGACGAUGGAGGCGCUCCGCGAGGAGCGCAGCAUGCGGGAGCAGUAUUCCGAGGAGAAGGACAUGUGGGAGAAGCGCGGCCGCGAGAUGGAGACGGUGCUGCGCCAGGUCAAGGAGGAGAUCAUGAAGACGAGCCGGGAGCGCGAGGAGUUCGAGUCCAAGCUCGAGGAGUCCGAGGGCCGCCGCGAGGCCGCCGAGAUGAUGGCCCAGGAAGCAGAGGCUAGGAUGGCCUCCAUGCGAGCACGCGAGGCCAGCGCCGAGGCCCGCGCCGAGGCGGCGGCAUCACCUGGGGGUCUUAAGAACGCUGGCAACCGCGCGUCACAACGCGAGAUAGAGAUCGCGGUGGAGAAGGUGGCUAGGGAACUCCACGCCGCGUACAAGAAGAAGCACGAGGACAAGGUCGCCGCGCUGAAGAAGACGUACGAGGGCCGCUGGGACAAGAAGAUCAGGGAGCUCGAGGGCCGCAUCGGGGACCUGGCCAAGGAGAACGAGGAGCUGAAGCUCGGGCGCGACGCCACCAUGACCAAGGUCGAGCUCGAGAGGGCCGCCGUCGAGGAGGAGCGCAAGGCGCAGGCCAUCAAGGACUCGGCCCAGAUCAAGGAGCUGCAGGCAGAGGUGGAGAAGCUCGAGGCCGUCGUCCGCACCGUGCAGGACGACAACGCCGACCUGCGGCAGCAGCUCGAGAGCGAGCGCGUCGAGAAGGGCGAGCUGGUCACCCUGGCCGAGGAGCUGAUGCAGAUGCAGGCCCAGCAGCAGAGCGUCGCCGCCCAGCAGCAGCAGCAGAUCGAGCAGCAGCUCCAGGAGAAGCAGCACCAGCAGCGCCGCGAGCCGUCCCCCCAGCAGCAGCACCACCCCGCCGUGACGCCCAAGCGCGUCCCGCAGCGGGCCUCGGCGCCCCCGCCGGCUCGGACCAAUAGCCAACACACCACCACGGCGGGCGGCUUCUCGCGGCCCUCGACCAUGACGCCCAAGAAGGCCGGCGGCGCCAGCCCCAGCGGGAUCCCCGGCACGACCAAGUCGGGCUACCGCAACAGCAUGAUCGGACGGCCUGGUGGGGGUGGCCCACCACCACUGUCCGGGCUGAAACCCCCCGGCGGCGGGACCAAGAUCGGCGGCGGCGGCGUUAUCGGCGUCGCGCCCGCGCACCACGGGCGGACGCAGAGCAACCAUACCGGCAUCGCGCGCCCCGGGAGCGGCCUCGCGCGGCCCGGCGGGCUGAUGAGCUCCAUCCAGCAGAUGGGGAGCUACCGGGGGGCCGGCGGGCGUGGGGAGUAGGGGUCCUCGCGGCGGCGGCCUGCGUCUUGUAACCGGUGAUUCUUUCUAAUGGAAUGGAUGUGGUGUGUGUGUGAUGGGGAAGGGGGGGGGUUGGAGAUGAACGAACAGGAAGGGGUUCGCUGCCUGUAGAGGGAGAGAGUGUGUGUGGUGGUGGUGGUGGCUGGCUAUUUUGAUUGCGUGCGUGCGUGCGUGCUGGCGUGCUGAUGGGUUCUCCCCGGGGGGACUGCGUCCUUCUCUAUGUUUGGGUGGGCCCGAUGGACUAUGAUUUGAUGUCGUUAUGAAAAGAACGGGUGAGAGAGAAAAGCAAAGAUUCGGAUAUGAAUUUUGUUUGGGUGGUUGUUGUGGUGCGCGUGUGCUAUGGUCGCACGGCACGCAGGCUGACUUGUUAUUAUGUGCCCCGUGAGGAGGUGGGGGGAGGAUUGCAUGAGUUGCAUGGGUUGAGUGAGCGAUCGAGGCGAGGCGAUGGAAAGCGAGACCUGGCGGCCUCGAGUGAAACCGACAGACAGACAGACAGACAGACUGUGAUACUCACUCAAGUCGAAGCGGCUGGACUGUACAUAGAGAGACACUUACUUGAGCGGGGCCCAGAACCUCACCCGGCUGCCGGUUGGGUCUCUUGUUGGAUGGAGUUGUUACUGUCUCUUUUCUUCCCCUCUAUCUUUUUUUCCGAGACUUCUUCAGGAUACCUACAUACCUUAACUACCUACCUACUUCUACUCGAUACAACCAA